AUGGACCGGGAUGAUUGGAUUCGACCGCCGAAGAGUGGAGAGGUAAACAACAACACGAGCGUCAUCAUCGCGAACGACGAGAGCAAAAAGACUUCGACGCGUACGAAGACCAAUCGCGGUAUUCGUCGUCGCUCGUCUUUGCGGGUUCUUGGUUCCUCGAGAACCCGAUCUGGAUGCGUUUUUAAAACGCGUGCCUCGAAAGCCACGUCACAGUCGAAUUCGUCCGUAUCGUUUUCUUCGUUUUCUUCUCAACCUUCUUUUUCCUCUUCUUCUUUAACAGCGAAACGACGACGACAAAGACCCGCGAUACGACGAUACGAUACGAUGCGAUCGAAGAAAAGUAGUAGACCACGCGAAAAAGAACAACAACAAAGACGAGAACCAGCGCUUUUCUUUUCAUCCUCGUCGUCGUCGCUUUCGUCGUUACGGACGCCGCCGGAGGAGGAGACCAUCCGCGAGGAGGACGUUUCGCUGAGUUUAGUAGAAAACAUCGAGAAAGACAACGCGUUCUUUUCGCCGUCGUUUAGCGUGGACGAGCUUACGCGUAUUUUUCACGAAGGAGGUCAUCAUCCGGACGACGAUGAUGAUAACACGUUCGAUAACCAUUUCUUCGCUGACCUGGAUUCCACUCUUUUUUCAUCACCUCGUUAUUCUUUCCCUCCAUCUUUCUCACAUUUGUGGAACGACGAUAAACAUCAUCAGAUACUGACGACGCGACAAGAUGCAGAAAAAAGAGCGGAAAAGUUACCGCCCGGGUUUGCUUUAGCCGGAUUACCUGGAUUUCCGAACGAGUUACACGUCUUUAAAGGUAUUCCCGCCCCGAUUGGUGCCGAUGUGAGCGCGGCCUCGUUAUGGGGGGGUGGAGCAGGUAGUAACAAGCGCAAAUUAGAUAGCAAAGAUAGCGUAGGAGCGAAGAAGGGUAGCGCGGCGAGCAUGAAGAAGGCGGCCAAGAUGAUAAACGCAGGGCCGAAGCGACCACCGAGCAGAGGUGGUGCUAAAACAGACACGCCGCGUAGUAAGAAGCAAAAGUUAGCGUCGCAUAAGUCGUUACCGGCUCAUGGCGGCAUGUUUGAUAUUCCCGAUAUCAUGGGUUCCGAUAUCGCCCGAUACCACUCCAUGAACGGCGGCAUGCACGAACUCCCACACGACGUGCUCGGCUUAACCGAAAUCGAGCGGCAACAGGAGUAUUUACUCACGCAACAAAAACUCCGAACACCCGCGCAGAUUCAAGAAGAGAAAGAACAGAAGAUUGCGCUGAAGAAAAAGCUCGGCGAGGUACAAGCUUUGGUGGAAAGUUUAGAGACGAGAGCCGUGGCGGUGGCGAACGAGCGCGAUAAAAAGUUUGAGAAGAUGCACGAAGACCAACAAGACUAUCAACAAAAAGACGAAAUGCGAAAGAAACACGCCGCGUUUAGAGUCAUCACCACGCAGAGGACGAAAUCUGGCGCGAAAUCGGAGUUCAAGGAAGGUUUCGAAGUGUUGCGAUAUCGCUCGUUGCUCGACGUCGUCCACCGUCAAUGCUUAGCCGCGGUGAGACAAGUCAUGUCGCACGAUUGGGGUGGACCGUUCCGCAUGCCCGUCGAUGCCGUGGCGUUGGGUUUGGCAAACUAUCACACGAUAAUUACCAAUCCGAUGGACCUCGGAACGAUUAAAAAGUUCAUCGAAGACGGCGGUAAAUACGAACUCGCGAAAGAGGUUCACGAGGACGUCGAGUUGACGUUUAACAACGCCAUGAAGUUUAACGCGGAAGGAACAGAUGUGCACGUGAUGGCAAAGACCUUGUUGGCGCUUUGGCACACGAAAUACGAAGGUAUCGUCGCGCGAGAAAAGGAAGUCGAGGAAGGUUUGUUACUGGACCGAGACGCGUGUAUCGCCAAAGCCGCCGCGGCGGCGUCGAAAUUAGAGUAUCAAACGAUUCAAAGCGAGUGCCAAACGAUCAUGCAAGCCUUGGGAUUAGCACAAAAUCAGCUAUCCGACCUCGAAUUAAAAUCGAUCGUUUUGUUCAAACCGAUGACGGCGGACGAGAAGAGCGCGUUGGGCGACAUCUUGAAGAGCUUGACCGCCGAAGACUCGGAGAAAGCGAGACAGAUUUUAUCCGACGGGCCGACGAAAGAGUACGAUCGCCAAAUUCUUGAGGCCGAGGCACAACACAGACAACGAUUGAACGCGAAUGUUGGCGCUACUUCUGAAUGGGACAACCACCCGGACGAACGGCAGAUGUACGUGCCGACGACGGCGACGGAUAUUACCAGUCGAAGGUUGCAAAGAUUCACGAGGAUGGUUGCCCGAAACAAAGUCGCGCAGAAGGAAGGUUGGUGCGGAAAUCCUCUUCCGGAGACGAAGAAAGAACGCGUGAUUGAAGCAUUCGGUGGCGAGAAGAACGCGAGCGACUUGUUGGUGGUCUCGUCUCCGUCCGCCGCGGUAAAAGAAGAUGAAGAAGAAGAAGAGCAAAAAAUAGAAGAAGAAGAAGAAAAUAAGAAGGAAGAAACUACCCCCGGGGGAAAAGGCGAAGGAGAAGGAGAAGAGAAGAAGACGACAGAGUCGGACGACGGCGCGGAAACGACGACCGUCGACGGUAACGGUGGCGCUGGUGAUGAUGUCGCGACGGAGGACAAGAAAGAACCGGUGGUUGCUCCUCUAGAGGCGGCGGCGAGUGUUCAGAUCAAGCAAGAGAAAGCGGGCAGCGGGAGCGACGGUGCGACAACUAUAGGCCAAGAUCCACUGCAUGUGUUCGCGUUGACGCUUGGUUCGGACAGUAAAGCCGUCCAAGAAGCUCAACGACGACGAGAAGAACACAAAAAGCACCUGGAAGAACACAAACAACGCCUGGAAGAAGAAAAAGCGCGCUUGCAAGAGCAACAGAAGCAGCAAGAGCAAGAACGCCAACGUCAAAUCGCGAUUCAACAACAGCUCGAACGAGAAGAAAUGCUCAAACAACGCAUGCUUGCGCAGCAAAAGAAAGCCUCUCUCACGCAGUUCGACUCCAUCAUGGACGGGUUCGAUCCGGGACUGCCUGCCGGAGGGAACAAGAAGAAAAAGAAGAAGAAACCGGCCACGCCUUCUAACCCGACGCCGGCGGCGCCAGCGCCUGUGCCAGCGGGACCCAACCUCCACGCCCUUCCACACCCACAACUCGACGACGACUUCGAGCAGAAUCUGCGAGGCAUCGACGAGCUCGGCGACGCGGACGACUUUGACUUUGACGCUCUUUUAGGAGAGAACAUAUUCUAA